UGAGCAGGAUGGCGUGGCUCAGUACAGCAUAAGAGUGCUCGAGAAGUGGGUGGGGACUCUACAGUAAACAGCAAGCAGUCACACAGAACUAAAUAACAAGACUGAAAAGGAAAAAAAGCAUACAGAAAGAAAAGGAAGAAUUAGCAUCAUUGUGUGGGAAUUUCAAAGCAACUGUACAAUAAAGAGCAUUGACCCAUAACAGCUUAUGUUGGUGGACUAUAUACACUCUUUUUGCUGCCAUUAAAAUACCAGCACAUACCAUUUUAACAAGUUAUCCUACGUAAAAGAAGUAGAUACUAUUUUAUUGCCUGGAUUUCCAGAUGACGUAUUGGCAUCAUGAGCUGGAGCCUCUGCUGUAAAGGAGCAUUAUGUGAGGGAUGGGACUGUUUUAAACCUCUAUUGUUUUAUCCAGGAGACUGAUGGAAAUACCCUUCUAUCAUGAUGAUAUGCUAUAUCUUCACCUGACUCCAAACUUUUGUCCUUCCACUCUCAACACAAUGAUGAAGAAAGAUCGGAAUAUCAACCUUAGUGAUCAUGUGGUAUCACGUUUAAAGCAUCACCAUAAUGAUGAUGAACUUUUCAACUCAUCUGAUAUGGGCCUACUGAAGCUUGCAUCCCCUGAAUUGGAAAGACUGAUCAUCCAGUCCAAUGGCAUGGUUACCACUACCCCAACCAGUAGCCAGUUCCUCUAUCCUAAGAUUGCAAGUGAGGAGCAGGAGUUUGCAGAUGGAUUUGUUAAGGCACUUGAGGACCUUCACAAGCAGAAUCAGCUGGGCAGUGGAGUGAAGAUGACAUCAGUGUCUAGUGCUCUCACUGUUCAACCCUCUUUACUCUCUGAUAACCCAGUUUACGCUAACCUCAAUAGUUACUCAAAUGGGGGCAUUGAAACUUCAAUGAACUACACCAAUGACACCACUUACCCCCCUUUAUCAGUUAUGGGACAGCAGCCUCCUUCCCUCAUAACACACAGAAUGCAGACACUAAAAGAUGAGUCGCAAAUAGUACCAGAGGUAUCCAGUUUUGGAGAGAGCCCUUCACUUUCUCCCAUUGAUAUGGGCACUCAGGAGAAAAUCAAGGCAGAAAGGAAAAAGUUGAGGAACAGGAUAGCUGCUUCAAAGUGCAGAAAAAGGAAACUAGAGAGGAUUUCAAGGCUGGAAGAAAAAGUAAAAAGCCUCAAAACUCAAAAUACAGACCUUGCAUCUACUGCCAGCUUGUUGAGAGAGCAGGUGGCACAGCUUAAGCAGAAGGUAAUGAGUCAUGUCAGUAGUGGUUGCCAACUUCUUCCACAUCAGGUCCAAGCCUACUGAGCAGAAGGUGCCAGCCUUUUAAUGCAAAAGGUGCAAAACAGGUCUAGAAAGGGAUUUGGGGGUAAUAUCAGUAUUAUCCAAAUUUUUGGUAGGUGACCUUUUGUAGACUUGCUUGUUGGAUGGAUAUUUUCAAUAUAUAUAGGUAGUACAAAAUAUGUCUCCUUCCUGUUCUAUGGAACAUCAUACAGUGGUGUAGCACAUCAACGUAUCACGUGUUUUUUUUUUUGUGUGUGUGGGGGGGGUGGGGAGGUAUUUGCUGCCUGUCUGACUCUGAAUUAAAAACAGUCCAAGAAAAAGAAAUCGAAUGAACAUAUAGUAUGAGAGCACAAUGUGUCCUGCAGGCGACCACUUGUACAGUCCUGGAUAAUUUUAUGGAAUGCUUACAGGAUCCUAUUAACACAUCUGUGUGGACAUUUUCCAUUGAUUUCAACCUGCUGACAGCAAACUCUCCCUUCUUAGCUGUAGAUGUCAGGUAAAUACUAUUUAAUAUUGGCAACCAGAGCUAAACAUUCUGACAAAUGUAUUGUUGACAUUAAAAUUGCCUUGUAAUGAUUUCUUCUAAUUAUGAUGUAUCAUAGAACUGUAAAUAUUGUAACAUAUACUGUAUUCCAAAAGAUGCUAAAAAAAAAAGUUUAUCAAUGCUUCACUCCAAAAAAAGAGACUAUAACUCCCACCUAAGUAAUCGAACAAGCAAACAUCUCUGGCUCUGUGUGCUGAUGACAGAUGCUGCCAAAUAGAUUAAGCACAGUCUGUGCAGCUGCAAAUGUUUACAAAAACUACAUUAUUUUCUUCCAUACUUUUUUGCUUCCAAGCAAUUUCCCUGUUUCAGGUCACGCUAGCAUCAGAUAUAUGAGCCCUUUUGUACAGUUGUGUCACGUACAACAUCCCUAGCUUCUAAUUUUGUAACUGAACUAUUUUGCAGUAUUGAUUUCAUUGUUUUAUUGGCAAAAUGUUUGUAUAUUUCUUGUAGGUUUUAUACAGUGCAUUCCAGUGUAAACAAUAGUACACAGCACUCUAUUAAAAAGUUUCAUAUUCAUGUA